UAAUAAACUGACGUGGGAUAAAGAACCUUUUGUCUCUCUCUCAUCACCGCAACCGCACCGGCGAAACCCUAAUCUCCCAAAAAAAAAAAAAAAAAACUUGCUCAUCGUAAAAUCGAUCUCCGGUUCAAUCCCAAAUCCGACAUGAGCCAGACCGUUAUUUCGCUGGGACUAUAAUGAUCGGACUCCGUCUCGAUUGCAUGGAGUUUGAGCUAUGCCGGAGCCUCGCCGUCGAGUCCGCCGUGGCCGUGUUGCCGACGCUGUAGCUCUGGAAAGGCCGAGGACGAGGCUAGCGGCGAGGAAGUUGAAAGAGGAGAAUCAGGUUGGUGAAGAAGAAGAGGAGAAGGAAGUUAUGGCGAUUGGUAACGAUAGUGGUGGCUCCAACAAGGCGGCUGCACAGGAAGAAGAAGGAAACACUGCUCCUUUCCCUGAAAGGGUUCAAGUUGGAGGAUCACCUCUGUACAAGGUUGAGAGAAAGCUGGGAAAGGGUGGUUUUGGUCAAGUGUUUGUGGGACGGCGUAUUACUGGUGGUAAUGAACGUAGUGCUGGAGCUAGCAUCUUGGAGGUUGCUUUGAAGUUUGAGCAUCGAACCAGCAAGGGAUGCAACUACGGCCCCCCACACGAGUGGCAAGUGUACAACACUUUGGGUGGUAGUCAUGGAGUGCCUAGAGUGCAUUUUAAAGGGAGACAAGGAGACUAUUAUGUUAUGGUUAUGGACAUACUCGGGCCGAGCUUAUGGGAUAUAUGGAAUACUUCAGGGCAAGCAAUGUCCUCAGAAAUGGUAGCUUGCAUUGCUGUUGAAUCACUGUCCAUCCUUGAAAAGAUGCAUGCAAAAGGUUAUGUGCAUGGAGAUGUUAAGCCAGAAAAUUUCUUACUCGGCCAGCCUUCAACUUCUCAAGAGAAGAAGCUGUUUCUUGUUGAUUUGGGACUAGCAACAAAGUGGAGAGAAGGUGGUGGCGGCGGACAACAUGCUGAAUAUGAUCAACGUCCUGAUAUGUUUAGGGGGACAGUUAGAUACGCAAGUGCUCAUGCUCACUUAGGGAGAACUGCCAGCAGAAGGGACGAUCUCGAAUCAUUGGCAUAUACACUGAUCUUCCUUCACCGAGGUAGAUUGCCGUGGCAAGGAUAUCAGGGAGAUAACAAGUCAUUCCUCGUUUGCAAAAAGAAGAUGGCAACAUCGCCGGACAUGCUUUGUUGUUUCUGUCCCCCUCCUUUCAAGCAAUUUCUUGAGAUCGUGGUUAAUAUGAAAUUUGACGAGGAACCUAACUACGGGAAGUUAGUAUCACUGUUUCAAGAGCUCUUGGGGGAGAAUCCGGCAAUUAGACCCAUAAACACAGAAGGUGCUCAAAAGAUCAUUUUUCAAGUUGGACAGAAGCGAGGUAGGUUGAGCAUUGGGGAAGAAGAAGAAGAAGAUGCACCUAGGAAAAAAGUCCGUCUAGGUGUCCCUGCAACGCAAUGGAUUUCAAUUUACAAUGCCAGGCAACCAAUGAAGCAGAGGUACCAUUAUAAUGUGGCUGAUACAAGACUAGCACAGCAUAUCGAGAGAGGUACAGCAGAUGGUUUGUUAAUAAGCUGUGUAUCAUCAUGUUCGAAUCUAUGGGCAUUAAUAAUGGAUGCUGGAACUGGCUUCACAAACCAAGUCUACGAACUCUCUCCUGUCUUCUUGCAUAAGGAAUGGAUUAUGGAACAGUGGGAGAAGAAUUACUACAUAAGUUCUAUUGCUGGUGCAACCAAUGGAAGCUCCUUAGUUGUCAUGUCAAAAGGCACGGCGUAUACACAGCAGUCGUACAAAGUAAGCGAUUCAUUUCCAUUCAAGUGGAUAAACAAGAAGUGGAGAGAAGGCUUCCAUGUUACCUCUAUGGCAACAGCUGGAACCCGAUGGGGUGUUGUCAUGUCCCGCAACUCUGGCUACAGUGAACAGGUUGUUGAACUGGAUUUUCUGUAUCCGAGUGAAGGCAUCCACAGGCGUUGGGAUGGUGGAUUCAGAAUCACAUCAACAGCAGCAACAACGGAUCAAGCUGCUCUAAUUCUAAGCAUCCCACGGCGUAGACUGGUCGAUGAGACACAAGAGACAUUGCGUACCUCUCAAUUCCCCAGCACACAUGUCAAGGAAAAAUGGGGAAAGAAUCUCUACCUUGCUUCAUUAAGCUAUGGCCGAACUGUAUCUUAAAGCUGUAAGAAGAGAGUAAGAAGCUUCAAUUAUGAAGUAGUGAGGGCAUAAUCACUUAUUUAAGUAGACAUUAAACUGCUAUUUAUUUUUUUUGUAUUAAGAGGUUAUUUUGUUGCAAGUAUAAUAUAUACUAUUACAAGGAUUCACAACAAAAA